UAAGUUACGUGUAGAUAGUAGAAAGCGUUCCUCCUGGUGUUGAGUGCCUGUACACUGCUGCUGCAGCUUCGUCCAGUAGUUCUGGCUCUGAUGACUCUGUGUCUCUUACCAGAAUAUUUAUUACAAAAAUACAUUUUCAAAGAGCUCAUAAAUCCAAAGUCUGGUAGUUUUAAUGUGUUGCGUCAAAAAUGGACAGGAGAGGUUUGUGAUUAGUGUUUCUAAAUGUAUAAUCAGUUUAUUGAUAUAGUUUAUUCUUUAUGGCAGAUGGAUAGUCAAUGAAGCCAAAUAAUAUUAUAUUAUAUUAUAUUAUAUUAUAUUAUAUUAUAUUAUAUUAUAUUAUAAUCUGUCAGUUCUCCCUCCGGCCCGCGGGGGCGCUCUAACAGAACGUUACUCCGCAGAAGUGACGUAGAAGCUGUUUUCAUCGAACCGUCCAAUCAGCGGCACCGUAGGUAGUUUAAACGCGGCUGACAGCGGGCGGAUCGAGGCUGUUAUUACUAUAUAUUUAAAGAUUUUGAUCUGUCUAUAUUCAUCUGAACAUCAGGCAGCAGAGACGCGGCGUCGCUCUCACGACGCGAUCACGGAGCGACGGAUUAUUCAGCCUCUAACCGAUGUCACACCGUCGAACGGAACUCCGUCCAGAAACUUUGUAAUUUAAAAUAAAACGUGAGAGUGAGUGGGACAGGGUCAAAGGUCACCACGGUAAGAGGGCUUACCUGGAGCAGCAUUAUCCAGACUUCAGUUCGGCCUAGACACAAAGUACCUGGACGUGUUUACCUGACUGUUAACUGAUCUUAACUGAACUGUUGAAUGACCGUUAAGGUUCAAUGUUUAUAUCGAUCAGCUGAUCGGUCUGAAUGGUCCCUGUCCUCAGGUCCAGGUCCAGGUCCAGGUCCAGGUGCAGUGAUGGCGGAGGCCCUGGUUAUGUCGUCUGUCUGUAGACAGUCGACCACUCACAGCGAGGCCCAUCUAAGUGGAGGGGAGGGGCUUUUGGAGGAGGGCGGGGCCAAUCUGAGGAGCGAGUACUGUAAGGAGUCGCUGACGAGAGGAGGCGAGGAGCUGAGCUUCGAGGAGCUGAGAGCAGAACGAUACCAGCAGAGGAAGCAGAGGGAGAUGGAGGAGAAACUCAGGACUCUGACGGAGGUGAAGCAGCAGCUGAGUCUGGAGCUGGAGGAGAAGAAGAAGGAGCUGAUGGUGAUGAGGAGGAGGAGCCGACGGCCCCCGAUUGCCGGUGUGGCCCCGCCCACUUCCUCCUCCACUGUGUGUGAGGCUGCUGCUGCAAGGCCUGCUGGAACCUGUUCAGACCAGGACCUGGACCACAGAGGGGGGACAGGUCAGACCCAGAGCAGACCGGACUCCUUGAGACCAGAGUCCAGAACCAGUGAGAUGCUGAGCCCCACCAAGUACAGCGGCAUGAGGGUCGGGUCGGCUGGGGACAGGAGUGCACUGGGGGAGGACCAGGACAUCCAGGACCAGGAGAAGGUGGACCAGAACCAGGAGCGGGAGGAGGUGGACCAGGACUGGGACCAGGGGGUGGUGGACCAAGCUGCUUCUGAUUUGGGGGACCCCUCCCACCCGGAUGUCCGGCGCCGUCUCCUGGAGCUCUGUGAUGUCACUUCCUGUCCAGACUGUCACUCGGAGCUCCGCCCCCUUCCAGCUGUGGAGGAGAACUCGUGUCUGUGUCUCGGGGGCGUCCUCUACCACAUCUACUCCACAAUCCUGGAGGGGAACGGUUUCUCCGUCUUUAAAGGGGCCACAGAGCAGGACUACGCCCUCCUCAAGGUGGACAGCAGUUCCGUCCUCUGGGACUUCCACCAGCUGACUCGUCUGAGGACGGGUUCUCUUCCUGAGGGUCUACCUCUGAUCAGCUGUUUCCUGUUUGUGGACGGCAGCAUCACGGUCUACACCACCCCCCCAGGACACAUGUUCACGGACCUGGUGCAGAGCGUCUCCUCGGACUCAGUGGGUUUUAGAGCCGUGGCUCUGCUGAGGCUGGUCUCUGAGCUGGAUUCCUGUAGACUGGUUCAUGGCGCGCUGCAGCCCCCCCUCCUCACCUGCUGCCACAGAGGGUUCCAUCUGUCUGACUGGGUUCUCCCGGUGGACUGGUCUUCCUCCGUGGACCUGGACCUGCAGCCGGACGUGACCUCCGUCCAGCAGCUCCCCUCAGCUCAGACCUACAUCAGCCUGGGUCUGCUGGAGCCCACCGCCCCCCCACAGCUGGUGGACCUGGUGGGCGUGGCUGAAACUGUCCACCUCCUCCUCACCAACAGCAGGAUGGUCCCGGUCCAAGACGCCAGCGGCUGGACGGCCCAGGACUUCAGCGGGGACGAGCCCUGUGACAUGUACACCAGGAUGUGGAGGAGGUUUUUCCGGUCCCUGUUGAAUCCUGGUGGUCGUUCACCUCGGUCCAUCCUGUCAGAGCUGAAGGAUCAGCUGACGUCUCUCUACCAAUGAACCUUCAGCUGUUACUCUGCCUGUUUAAAUAAAGUUAACUGAUGUUAAUAAAGUUGUUUCAAUAAA